UAUGAGAUAAACGAAGGAGAUUACCAGAAAAAAAGAAGAAGGAGAUUUCAUAAAAACUUGAAUCUCUCCCCCAUUAAAACAACCAAUCUUGCUUCCUCUCCGGAUCCACAAAUUCCCUCAAGAAAACCCCCAAUUGAAUUUCUAGAUCCUUUAUGAUUCUCUCUUCCAAUGAAAACAGCAACCCAAUCACGAUUUUGAUUCCCACCCAAUUCCACCCCUCACUUUCCACACCACCACCCAAAUCUCCUUCUUUCUUUUUCUUAUUAUUCCUUCUCAUCUUGCUACCCCCAUCUCUCACUCAAGCUUCUUCUCCAGCUAUGAAGGUUCAUCCGAUUCCCAAGAGGCGCAACAUCUCCAUCCAAUACCACCCAAGAAACCCUCUUUCCGAAGCCGAGGCCCUCCUCGGCCUGACCCACAAGAAGCUCCGCCGCCUCCCCCACGUCUUCAGCCGCGUCCUCGAGCUCCCCUUCCGCUCCGACGCCGACGUCCUCAUCGAGGAGACCCCCGACUGCUUCCGCUUCGUCGCCGAGACCGAGACCGUCUUCGGCCACGACGUCAGGGCCCACACGGUGGAAAUCCACCCCGGAGUCACCAAGAUUGUGGUCCGGGAGAGCGGCGACGCGGCGGAGCUGACGCUGGACGAGCUGGAGCUCGAUAUGUGGAGGUUCCGGCUGCCGGAGUCGACGAGGCCGGAGCUCGCCAGGGCGGUUUUUGUGGACGGCGAGCUUGUGGUGACGGUGCCGAAGAUGGAAGGGGUGGAGAAUGAGGGCGGAGAUGGGAAUGGGGGGUUCGGAGGAGGUAUGGGAAAUCGGCUUGUGCUUGUACAGUAAUCAUAACCAUAAGUUCAUUUUCUUUUGUUUUAAUUUUAUCGAGUUAAGAAGUUGUUAGUUGUUCUGAUCGAGCUGGAUCUAGAGCUUAAGUUUGGAACUAGUUGUUGUAUGCUGCUGCUGCUUUUGUUCAAUCAAGGAAUGUUGGCUUUGAUAAUUAUGCUGCAAUGCUCCUUUUUUUUCCGGUUGAGGGCUGCUUUUUUCGCCUGUGCUGAUUAUAUUCAUGCUUGGUGUUUAAUUUGAUGGCACUGCUAGAUCGGAUGAGUGUAGCUUGUUUUAGGCAAAUUGUUUCUUUGUGCUUUGGAAUUUCUCAGUGCUUUAUGUUAAUGGUGUCAUUGCUGCGUGUGAUAUGACACAACAAGCAACCAGAAAAGUUUAUUCAUUCACCUACUUAUAGAGCUUACAAGUUCCUUU